UUUUUCCCCUCAACAUUCCAACUUUGAUUUUCAGAGAAAAAGGAAAAAAAAUAAUAACAAUGAAAAAAAAAAAAAAAGAAUUAGUAAAUGGUGCUAAAAUUCGAUCACUGAAUUUCUCUCCUCUUCCAUUUGGCCGGCGGGGGGAACAGGUUUCACCCAAAAUCAGUAGUUGAUGAUCAAACGUUUCGUUUUAUGUGAAGGGUAUUUUAGGCAAUUCAGGUGUUAAAUUAGUGAUGUUUAAAAGGGUUUUUCACUUUCAGUUUUUAAGCACACAAAAUAAUCGUUUUACAAGCCAAAAAAAAACCCCUCUCUUAUGCUCGAGAGCUCUGUCUGCACGGUCUCUCCCGCCAUCAGAGACCAGUCACACUCAGAGGCAGAAGAAAUUUUCGCACUGUUUCUCUAGGAUUUGAACAAGGAUAGGUUGUAGCCAUCAAUGUCCACAAAGAGAGCCACACUUCUAACAAUUAAUUCCAUUGCAACAUUGUCAAAGGCUUGUACUCCAUGCAGUGCUUCAGAUUCAACGAAAACCUUCACGUCGUUAAAACAUCUCAGUACUGCCGCUGAAAGAUGGGAUUUCCAAAAUGCUAAUGGGCAUCAAGUAGAAGUUUCUACAGAAUAUGACCAAAACCAAUACCCUAGUGGGUUUUACAAUGAGAGCCAAGACUUCCCAGUUUUUCAACAAAAAGCUAGUUUACAAAGCUCAGAUAGGCCAUUUGGUGCAAAAUCACAUGGGUUUUAUGGAGGUAACUCCAUGGAGCAUCAUCAGAGCUUGAACCACAAUAAUGAUUAUAAGGAAAGCGCUAGAAAUGAUUACACGAAGAACCCCAUUGGACAAAAUAGAAUUCACAGUGGAUUUAAUGGGCAAAACGAUGGUGAUUUUCAGCGAAGCUCAAAUGGGUUGUACCAUAAUUCUGGUGGUGUUCUCAGGGAAAGCACUAGUAAUGCAAAUUUUGACAAUUUAUCAGGGAGAAAUGGAUAUUUUGGUGGGUAUCAUGGUCAGAGCAAUGGUGUGUUCCAGCAUAAUUUGAGUGGGGUCCAUACAGAUAGUUCAAGGGCUUCCCAGCAGAGACCAAAUGAUUCCUUUCAAAGUUACAGUGGAAUUUACAGGGGAAGCACAAUGAAUCAGAAUGGCCCAGUUCAGCCAGAUGGAAACUUUAGUGAGUAUUAUGAGAAUAAGAAUAGUGAGUUGCGGAACCAUAACCCUAAUGUUGCACAUGGAGGAUAUGAUAAUAUACAGAAUCCACAUGCCUCUAUCCAGGAGAGACACAGAGAAGUAAUACAGAACCAAUAUGGGUAUAAUUCACAAGGAAUUUCAGGGUUUUGUGGAAGCCCAAACAAGAAUUCUGGACACAUUCAGCCAAGCCUCAAUGCUUAUGAUGCAAUGGAUGUUAGAAUGCAUCAACAGAUCCCUAGUUCUGGACGGUAUCUGCAAAACCCACACCUUGGAAUUUAUAAGCAAACUUCAAGUACUUUACAGAAUCCUGUGGUCAAUUCUGAAGUAUCUUGUGACCCUAAACCUGAAGAGGAGCUGAAUGAUGCAUCUGAAAGUAGCCCAUAUAAUGGUACUCUUGAGGAGCUGGAUGGUUUCUGCAAGGAGGGGAAAGUCAAGGAAGCUUUGGAGGUUUUAAGGUUGUUAGAGAAACAUCAUGUUCCUGUAGAUUUGCCCCGUUAUUUACAGCUAAUGUGGGUAUGUGGUGAAGCUAAAGCUCUACAGGAAGCAAAGGUUGUUCAUGAAGAUAUAAUAAGAGCUUUAUCCCCUCUACAAGUCAGCACCUACAACAAGAUUUUAGAGAUGUAUUCAAAAUGUGGUUCUAUGGAAGAUGCAUUUGUGGUAUUCAACAAGAUGCCAAAGCGCAAUUUGACAUCAUGGGACAUUAUGAUAACAUGGCUUGCUAGGAAUGGUCUCGGGGAGGAUGCUAUUGAUCUGUUCACUCAGUUCAAAGAAGCAGGGCAUAAACCUGAUGGUAAACUUUUCAUUGGGGUUUUUAAUGCUUGUAGUGUUGUGGGAGAUAUUUAUGAAGGAAUGCUGCAUUUAUCAUCAAUGAAGAAAGAUUUUGGCAUUGUCCCGACCAUGGAUCAUUAUAUAAGUGUAGUACAUAUGUUUGGAAGUGUAGGCUAUCUGGACGAAGCUUUAGAGUUCAUUGAAAACAUUCCCUUGGAGCCUAGUGUUGUUGUUUGGGAAACCUUGAUGAAUUUUUGCAGAGUUCAUGGGAACUUGGAGCUUGGGGAUCGUUGUGCUGAGAUUGUUGAGCAGCUAGACCCUUCUCACCUUAAUGAGCAAUCAAAGGCUGGCCUUGUUCCAGUGAAAGCUUCAGAUCUUGCAAAAGAGAAAGAGAAGAAAGCUCAAAAUCUUUUGGAAGUAAGAAGCCGAGUCCAUGAAUAUCGGGCAGGAGAUACAUCUCAUCCUGAGAAUGAUAAGAUUUAUGCUCAACUUAGGGGUUUGAGGGAACAAAUGAAAGAGGCUGGUUACAUUCCAGAAACUAGAUUUGUGUUACAUGACAUUGAUCAAGAAGGCAAAGAGGAUGCUUUACUUGCUCAUAGUGAGAGACUCGCUGUAGCUUAUGGCCUCCUUAAUAGCUCAGCUCGUUCACCUAUUAGAGUUAUAAAAAAUCUUCGUGUUUGUGGCGAUUGCCAUACCGCAUUGAAGAUUAUUUCAAAAAUUGUUGGCAGAGAACUCAUCAUACGUGAUGCUAAGCGGUUCCACCAUUUCAAAGAUGGCCUAUGCUCAUGUCGGGAUUAUUGGUGAAUAAAGUGAAACUUGAGAGUUCUUGAAGGAAGAGCCAUUAGGCUCACUCACCUGAAACUAAUGACGAGAAAUCACAUGUCAUGUCACCCUGCGAAGCUACUUAUCUCUGCCAUGUGGAUGGAUGUUCUCUAACUGUGACCUGAUUAUUUUGUGCAUGCAUGGACAAUAAGACCAAAGCUUUAAUAAGGAGUGUGUGUACAACCACUUGAGGAUCAUUCUUUGGGUUAGUCUGAGAUGGUUAUAUCUGUUGUCCAUCUAUUUAAUUAGUUUUGUGACUAAGCAAUAUAUACAACGAUGAAAUAUAUAAUAUGCACUAUGAUUUUGAUGGUUC